AUGGAUGACGAGCUGCUUGAUCCCAUGGAGCAUAGCAUAGAUGAGCUACGCGACCAGUUUGAGCGAUACAAGAUCCGUUGUGCACAAUUGUUUAAUGCGAAAGAUGCCCAGGAAGACAAGUUACGCUUGGAAAAGCAGCUGCAGGAUCUACGCGCGGAUAUUGAUGAGCUGCGCACAGAAAUGGCAGUUCUGCAGAUACGACAGUCGGAUCUAAUUGGUUGGCACGAUGUCGAUGCCAUCGAGGAGUUGCCCGCCAACCAAAAUGAUUUCAGCCUAGUCGUUGGCGAGCAGUCCGAGGCCGAUGCUAAAGCUGCCAAGCUAGAGCUAACAGAGUUGGAAGAAGAGUCGGACGGCAAGCUGGUUAUCAGCUGCGGCUCUAGCCCGUGUGUGUUUGAGCAUUGCCGCCGGCGCGUGGAUAGCCAGCUGCUAUUGCUGCACUACCUCUGCGAUCACAAUGAGACCGUCGCCUCCCAGCGCUGCCACAAGCUGGGCGAGGGCCAGCGUGUCGUGCUGUCCUUUGAUACCCGCAGCUGUCACUUUAAGCAGAACCAUGUGAUUGGACUGCUCGCCUAUAGCGGCUCUCUGCUGCAGCAAGAGCAAUUGCUGACAUCGCCGCGCCGUGAGAUCUACAACAGUUUUCUGCCGCAGGAGCAUGCGCACCUGGCCAGCGAUGUGCCCGUUGUGGUGCUCAUUUGCAAGACGGCUGCUAAUUCUGCACUGCAGGAUAAGCAGCUAGGACACCGCGUCCUCACACAUGCCAAUCUCAAGGAUCAGGUGUUUGUCAUUUGGCUGGCAACGCCACACGAUCAGCUGCAGCUGAAUGCUACACUGAGACUGUGCGGACGCGAUGCGGCCCUUCAGGCCAGCACGAUUAUAGCCAUACAUCAGGUGCGUCACAGCCAGGACACGUGCCACUUUAUGCCAGUGGAUGCCAGCCACUGGCGUCUAUCCUUUAGCGAGAUGGAAAAGAUUUCGAAUAAUUUCCGUGAUGAGCUGCAUCUGGAGAUUGCCCUAACUGAGCUGAGUGGCAGGUUGUUUGUUUAGCUCUGCCGUUGGUUGCUUAAUAAAGUUGCGUCUAACUCACA